AUGGGCCUUACAAGAGCCGCCGUCAUCGUUAUCGUGCUGGCCGCCUGCUUAGCCAUAACUGCCAUGGGCGCAGCGCUUUUCCGCCGCUACAACCCACUUGGCGACACUGGGCUAUCGGGAGAUGCGUCCCAUCAACAAAAUCAAUACAUGCGCGCAGUACGACUACGAAAUUACGGACACCUGAAGAGAGAGUCGCUGGGUGCUGUAAAAGACUUGGAAUCGAGGUACACGACCGAGGAACUCUCCGGCCACUACCCUCAGUAUGCAAGCGAGCCCAAAACUCCUUCGACAAAUGUCGCAUGA